AUGGCUGAAUCCAAGCCGCGUCAACGCAAAUUCGCGCCAAGGUCACGGACGGGCUGCCUCACAUGCCGAACCCGGCGGAAGAGGUGCGAUAGCGCCCAGCCUCAGUGUGCCAACUGCAAACGCCUCAACCUGUUAUGCGAAUGGCAAACUCCACGAAGUAUCGUUUCGGAAUCGUCUUCGUCCCAGUCAAGCUCAAAGAGCCCGGAGCGCCAGGUCGCAGUCCCACUGCGCUCGUCUCUUGAUCCAUGGGAUGCACUACCGGGCGACGAAGGAGCGGAGCGGAUGCAUUUGUUGCAGUAUUACAUCGAGGCGUUUGUACCCAGUGUCCAAGUAGCACCUAUUGCAACGAGUUUCUACACCAGCCUCUACAUGCCUUGGUCUUUCCAGAUCGAAGGUAUGCUUGACGCUAUCCUGGCUAUAUCUUCUGCUCAGUUGGCGAGGCGAAGCCAGGACGCAGAACGCGCCAAACAUCUUCGCGCCGUAUCCUCCCGCCACGAGAGGAAGUGCUAUCAGUUCAUCAAGGAGCGGUUGAACCCGUCGGGUGGAUUACCAGAAGAUACCUACCAGGUCACUGCGGUGAUUCUCAUCCUGGUAGGACUAGAAGCACUCAACGGUGUCAAGACUACGAGAUGGAUAUCGCAACUGAAGAGUGUGCAACGGAUACUUAGUGCGCUUACUCCGGAACAGAGCAUCAUGGACUGUGUUGAAGUUGAUUCUCUGCAUCGACACUUCACUUACCACUUCGCCUCUGCUUCGCUCAUGGCACGGGUGUCAAACGCCGGAAAGGCCUGUUCGGCAGAGCAGGGCUUGAUACCAAUCAGCGCCGCCCUAAUGCCAGGCACAAUCGACCCGCUCAUGGGCAUCUCAUACCAGUUAUGCGACCUGAUUUCACGGAUACAGUAUGUCACCUCUUCGAGUCCCGCGUUUCCCCUCGCUACCGAAGCGUCUUUCAACGUGAUCGAGAAGGGUAUACAGAAUUGGGCUUACGACAACCCGUUUGCACUUGGCGUCGAUACUCCUAUAGCUCUCGACCUCAUCGCCUUGGCAGAAGCCUACCGUUUAGCAGCUCUCAUUCAGCUCUACCGCACCUCGCCUAGCCAUUCAGCCAAUAUUGCGGGCUGUGCAUCACGCGCGAUGGAGUUUAUCGCUCGUAUACCACCGGGAAGCGCCGCGGAGUCAAGUUUGCUCUACCCAAUAUUUCUCGCUGGAGCCGAGCUAGAUGAUGAAGCGGCCAUCGAGAAGUGCUUCCAGAGGCUAGAGGAUAUCCAGAAUAGGAAUCGGUACGAGAACGUUGAAUGUGUCCAAAAGGUGUUGAAAGAAGUGUGGCGACCGAAGCUUGAAGGUGGUCAAAGAAGGGACUGGGAAGAAGUGGUAAGAGAGUGGAACUGGUCAUUUACUUUGGGUUGA